CUUUGGGCUCCUUUGCAAAACAAAUUUAUUUGCCUUGUAUUGCUGCUUUACCUCAGGUCUGUCUCCCUGUGGAGGUUUGGCCGCUGGGAUUUUUCCAGGAAGUUAAUAACAGAGCUUGAUUUACGCUGGGCUGUGCGGGCAGUUUGUGGGGGUUUCUCCAGCACUCUGGCAGCUCCUUGUGUCCCCUCCAGCCCCUCAGCUGGGGUUUAUUUUGCUAUGGAGUUGGCUGGUGUGACAUCUUUGCCUCGAACAGCCCUUUUUCUCCCGUCGCUGCGCUGGUUGCAUCUCCAGCUGCUGCGGAGCAGCAGGUGACAAAGCCCGGUGAGGGUUUGCGCAGCGGCGGUUGGCAGGGGUGGGGCUGGCAGCGGCUGCGAGCCCGUGCGGCGGGUACGGCGGCUGCACUCGGUGCCCGGACACACCGCAUCGCUGUGCCGGGGCUUCGGGGCGCAGCCGGACGGGACGAGUCUGGGCUCUCGGCUCUUUCCCUGCCCUGGGGUGAGUUGUUCUCCUCGGGAUGGGGUUGUUUCUGGUGGGUGCUCAUUCCUCGCCUGCCCUAGGGCUGGGCUGGGCUGGCACCCUGCGCAGUGAGGGUGUCCAAACCUGGCUGGGGUGGUGGCUGCCCCGCUUUAGAAGGGGAGAGAAACCCUGGGCAAGAGACGCAUCUGGAAAUGGGCAUUUUUCACACCAGACUUGGGUUUUCCACAGCAAGAAUUGUUAGGGAGAGUCUCCCUUGCCGCUCUGAGGGCUGGUGGCUUUGGGUCCUGCUGUGGUGGGUGCUGCUGCCGGUGGGUCUCAUCUUCAUUUGCAACAGCAUCAGCAAACCAGUGCCAGGCGUCAUCUGUAACCACCCUGCAGCUCUGCGUGCCCUGGGGAGCGUAACCACACCAACCGUGUUGCCGGCUCCCGCUCGCUGGCAGCUGCGCCGUGCCCCUGGGCCCGUGUCCUGGGGACUGUCCCCUCCUGCUGCCCAGCUCUGACCACGGCUCUUCCUGCCAGGUGGUGGGUGAAGUUGCAGGUGGAUGAAGAUGGCCAGUUGUCCACGGCUCGUCCUCCCUGUUCAAGGCCUGCUGCUCUGCAUCUUGGCUCUGCACCUCUGCAGCCAGGACCCUCUUGCUACCGCAGAGCACAACACGGUCACCAACGCCUCGGUGGUCACCAGCACCUCAGCGGUGGCCAACGCUUCAGUGGUGGCCAGCACUUCAGCGGUCACCAACGCUUCGAAGGUCACCAAUGCCUCAGUAGUCACCAAUGCUUCAGUGGCAGCCAACACUUCGAUGGUCAGCAAUGCUUCAGUGGUCACCAAGGCCCCGCUCACCUGCCAGAGCUUCCAGUGUUCCGGGGAGAGGUGCUACCAGGACAGAGCCCACGCCAACGAGACAGUGACCUGCCAGAAUGAGACUCGCUGCGAGCUUUACCGUUUCUCCAGCACGAACUACACGGCCCGGUGCAGCAGCGCGUGCAGCGCGGAGAUGUGCAGCGCCAACAGCACCGCGCCACGCUGCGCCCUGGACUGCUGCGGCUCCGCGCUCUGCCUGCGGCUCAACGCCAGCGCCUACGGUGACCUGCCACCCACCACCGUGCCACCCACGACCACCACCCCGCGAGCUCCCCCCCGAAAUGGGAAAGUGUGUGCAGCAUUCUCCUGUCACGGGGAUGGAUGUUUCAAAGGCAAGAAGACUCUUGCUAGAUGCAUUGUUGGACAAGACUUCUGUGAGAUGAAGAAAACGGGCUUGAAUUACAUGGCGGGAUGUAGCAGAGCCUGCAAGGCCGCCAAACCAGUCUGUGCCAGCGGGGUGAAGGCUGCCUGUUACCAGGAGUGCUGCCCCGCUACCAUGAAAGCCAGCUGCCUGAAACUGGAUGGCAAAGUUCACAUCAGUGGCGCAGGGCAGGUGACUCUGGCCCCGCUCGUGAAGCUUAUGGCGUGGGGGGCGAUUCUGCUCCUGAAUCACGGCGUCUGGGCUUCUCUCUGGGGGUGAGCAGCAGCCUGGGCGCUCCGCAGCCCGUUCUCCUGCAGCGCUUGGUAGGAUCCUUGUCUCUCUGACUUCAGCCCAGGCUGCCAUCCAACCCCUCUGGUGCGUCCCUGUCCCAGGAACAAGAUGGCCUGUGCAGGUGCCUCCUGUCCACGGGGUCACCCAAGGCCCCUGAGCCAAACAAAGUGGCAGCGGCUGCCGAUGGGCUCCGGUCUGGCUUAAAAACUAGAAAAUUCUGCCUUGACUGAAGGCACAGGGUCUGCUCUAGUUAAUAAUCUGCUUGCAGCGCAGCCUUUUUGGGUACACUCUUACUUGUUAGUUUAAAACCGCUCCGGUGUUGAGAUAUCUCUUAUCAGGGUAGGUAAAAUUAGUAACUAUGUUUCAACCCCCAACCUGUUGUUGCAUCACCCGGAGCUGGUGCACAGCUUGUUGGGCAGAAUUCACCGGUGUCAAUGCGCUGCUGGUUGUGCAAACACUCUCUCUGCUGUCUUCUGUCACUGUUGUAUCUUUAAAUAAAAGACUGCAAAAAUAGCAAAA